AUGUUUGUCCCUUUGCCGCUGCCGUUUGUGCUGCCCAGAACGGCGUCCGAGCUGCGCGCCUGGCGCCUCAAGUCCCCACCGGCUGCGCGCUCGCUUUCCGACAUCAGAAUGUCAAAGCCAACAGAGGUUGAAAAUCCAGCAGCAGACUCUCCAAUGGAAAACACAGGAGAUUCAGAGAGGAACGGUUCAGACUCUAAUCAUCAGAUUCAGUCAAUGAAAAUCCCGUUUUCACUCUCGCCAACGCUCAGCACCAGUACCAAGGCUAAGAUGGAGGAGUGUGGUGAAAUGACUCCAGCUUCUAUUCAGACCACACUUUCUCAAACGACCCUCCCGCACCCCCAGCUAAUGCUGACAGGGGGCCAGUUGGCAGGGCUAACGGCCCUCUUGCCUGCUCAGCAGCAGUUGCUUCUCCAGCAGGCGCAGCUUCUGGCGGCAGCCGUGCAGCAAUCUCAUGCAGCUCAUGCAGCCAGUCAGCAGCAAGCACAGCAGCAGCAGCAGAACAGUCAGCAAACAGUUUUGCCCCAGCUGCAGGGCCAAUCAAAGAAUGCUCAGGAGCAAAACGCAGCUUCGGUCCCACCCUCUCAUCACCAGCUUUCCUUGUCUCAACCAAUCCAGUUCACUGCCCAGGACCUACAGCAAUUGUUGCAGCUGCAGCAGUUGGUUCUUGUCCCCGGACAUCCUUUGCCCUCGCCUGCACAGUUCCUUUUGCCACAGGCCCAGCAAGGGCAGCAAGGGCUGCUAUCAACACCAAAUCUAAUUCCACUACCUCAACAAAACCAGGGGGGUCUCCUCACUGCACAUACCACACUAGGACUUCAAGCACAGAGAGAAAAGGUCAUGGAAAGCAGUGCCAACACAGUCACCCCUGUGACCUCUCACAGUGAGGAGCCCAGUGACCUUGAAGAGCUCGAACAGUUUGCUCGCACCUUCAAACAGAGGAGAAUUAAACUGGGCUUCACACAGGGCGAUGUGGGGUUGGCUAUGGGUAAGCUGUAUGGAAAUGACUUCAGUCAAACCACCAUCUCCCGCUUUGAAGCCCUGAAUCUCAGCUUUAAGAAUAUGUGCAAACUCAAACCCCUUCUGGAAAAAUGGCUCAACGAUGCUGAAACCAUGUCGAUGGACAGCACCUUGCCGAGUCCCAGCUCCCUGUCCUCGCCGUGUCUAGGAUUUGACUGCUUGCCUUCCCGUCGCCGCAAGAAACGCACCAGCAUUGAGACCAACGUUCGUGUGGCUCUGGAGCGCAGUUUCAACACAAACCAGAAGCCUACCUCAGAGGAGAUCCUGCUCAUCGCCGAUCAGCUCAAAAUGGAGAAGGAGGUGAUCCGCGUCUGGUUCUGCAACCGCCGGCAGAAAGAGAAACGUAUUAACCCCUCCAGCGCCACCCCUCCCCUGCCCAGUCAACCCCAGCCUGUCUCGCACAAAACCCUAUGCUACAGCCCUCACAUGAUGCAAGGUCAAGGACCACCCCAAGCCGUGACCAGUCUCAGCACAGCAGCCACUACUAUGCCCUCUGUUUGCCCGUUGACCCCCACCGGCCCUUCCUCCAGCUCCACCCCGUCACCUGUGACUCCAUCUCCCCGCAGCGAUGCCAGUCCCGUCCCUGCCACUCACACCCCAUUAAGUCUGAACACAAGUUCAUGGCGUCACAAGAACGGUGACGUGUCUAACUACAUCACCGAUUUUGCCACAAAUCUAAGGAAUACAGUGAUUGGAGUUAACACCGGAAUGAACCAAGCCCUGCGUGGCAGCAACCCAAUCGCCACAAUCCAAGCCCUGGCAGCCAGUGGUGGCCAAGCCCCCAUUUCCAGUCUUGAAGGUGCCAGCAAGGUGUUGCUUGGUGGUUCCGGAGGACAUUGGUCAGGACUCCCAUCUUCCUUCUUUCUUAACCACCCUUCACUGUUGCCCAUGGCAGCAGGCACAGCCAUCGGAUUGGGCAACCCUGCCAUUCACAAACCCAGCAUAGCACUGUUUGUGGGCGGCAUGAGUCCCUCCCCGUGCUCGAGCCCCGCUUCUUCCUGCUCUUCCAGCGAAUUGCUACACAGCCCACACGAUCUCGUGGAGGGCCAAGAUUGAGCGACACUUCAAGGAAGCCAAUCACAGGAUCAGGAGGAGGAACUGAACCCUUCCGCUCUCAACCAAAGCAUCUCUGUCCCUCUUACUUGCGAUGAUUUUGGACUUCUGCACUCUCUCUUGUUCUCUCUUACUCCGAUGAUGCCAAAAAUUUACAAAGUGGACGAGGGGAGAGACAAAGAGACAGGCGAAGACAAGACA